UGAAAAAGCAACCUUAAAAGAUAAAACAGUUGAGUUGUGAAGCUCUUGUUGACUGACCUCUUAAUCACAUUCUUUCUUUGUUGUGGCAAUGGAGAGUUCCUCCUUCCCGUCAGCAGCUCUAACUUCUACGGCAACUUCUCUGUCCAGGAAUGGACUCAUUGAAAGACCUUUUGGCUAUUCUCAGUUCCUCAAAUUUCCCACUUCAAAGAAGCAUUCAGUGGCUAGAAACCUCAAGUUUGUUGAUUUCAAAGCUCAAGCUUCUGGCGCAAUAAAAGUCCGUUCAGAGGCAGCAGGGGAAACUCUAAAGAAAGCAGAUUCGAAAGAUGAUGAUCUUGCAUUUGUUGCUGGUGCUACUGGUAAAGUUGGUUCCCGAACAGUGAGGGAGCUUUUGAAACUUGGUUAUCGAGUUAGAGCUGGAGUAAGGAGUGCUCAGAGAGCACAAGAUCUUGUGCAAAGUGUUAAGCGGAUGAAGCUUGAUCCUGGAAAUGCAGAACAAGGAACUCAACCUGUAGAAAAGCUUGAAAUUGUGGAAUGUGACUUGGAGAAACCUAUUCAGAUUGGGCCAGCAUUAGGCAACGCUUCAGUGGUUCUAUGCUGCAUUGGUGCCAGCGAGAAGGAGGUUUUUGACAUUACAGGACCUUACCGUAUUGACUAUCAGGCUACAAAAAAUCUUAUUAAUGCUGCAACUGCUGCUAAAGUUAACCACUUCAUUAUGGUUUCAUCUUUGGGAACAAAUAAAUUUGGUUUUCCUGCAGCUAUUCUAAAUUUGUUCUGGGGAGUCCUAAUCUGGAAAAGAAAGGCAGAAGAGGCACUCAUUGCCAGUGGUCUACCUUACACUAUUGUCAGACCUGGGGGAAUGGAGCGGCCUACUGAUGCUUAUAAAGAAACUCAUAACAUUACCCUUUCACAAGAAGAUACUUUAUUUGGUGGCCAGGUGUCCAACCUUCAGGUGGCAGAACUCAUGGCAUGCAUGGCCAGAAACCGUAGCCUUUCAUACUGCAAGGUGGUGGAAGUAAUUGCAGAGACAACUGCACCACUGACUCCUAUGGAGGAACUUCUGGCGAAGAUACCAUCUCAACGUGCUGAACCAAAGGACUCAGGGGCUGUAGAUGGGUCUGUUCCGGCAUCUCUGAAGAGCACCAUAUCCGAGGAACCUAGUGCUCCUCUUGAAAAGGAACCUGCUGAAGCAAAAUCAGAGGCAGUACAAUCACUUUCUCCUUAUAACAGCUAUGAAGAUAUGAAACCACCUACGUCUCCUACUCCAACCCCAAGCACUACUUCUGGUGCCUCCAAAACAAGUGAUUUAGAUGCCACGCCAGCAGCUCCGAUAACCAGUACUUUCUCAGAACCAUCAGGCAUCACCCUUGAAAAGGAAGCUACCCAAGAAGAUGUGAAGAAAAUGAGGCCUCUCUCACCUUAUUUUGUUUAUGAGGAUUUAAAGCCACCUAGCUCUCCAAGUCCAACACCAAGCGGUCCUCAAGGAAUACCUUCAAGUACCUCAACACCAGAAGCUACAUCCCUGCCGCUUAGUGGAGGCAAUGAUGUAGCGAAGACAACGGUUGCUACUGUCAUUGAAGAGAAUCUUUCCCAGAAUUCAAAUUAUCAUCUUUCACCCUACCAUAUGUAUGAAGACAUGAAGCCUCCAGCAUCUCCAACUCCAUCCCCAAGGAAAUCUUAGAGAAAAAACAGCUCACCAUUCAACAAGAACCAUCGAAGUUAUCAGGACUCCUGUCCAGGGAUUAUGCUCGGCGAGUUUACCUGUAAUUGUAUGAAGAGGCAAGCUAUUGAAAUUACAGGAUUCAUUUUAUAAGUAAUAUGCAUUUAUUUCUUCCCUGGGAUUCAUUUUUCAUCACCUCUUUCCAAGUAUUGUUUUGACAAUUUCAAGCUGAAGUAUAUUGAAUGAGAAUCAAGCAUUGUGAUUAUAAAAGUUGAUCUUCUUGUGUACUA